AGUCUUAACCAUACCUCGAGUUGCCUUGGAGAAGAAGCGCCAUCGCAGACCCCACCCCACGCCGUCCUCUCUUCAGAACCACUUCCUCACCGGCCCCCUCCUACUUAAACUCUCGGCUUUCCCUCGCUUACCUUUGCGCCAGUAGACACCAUCGAGCGAGCUAGCUAGCUGCUGUGUACAUGCAUGCCAUGGCGCGAGCCGUGCAAGAUCGCCUCCCGUUCCUCGCAUCGCCCCCGCCGCCCGCGCCAGCGCCGGCGAGGACGAGGAACCCGUCCCUCUCGGAGAUGCUCAGCCUCGUCAGCGCCGCCACCGUCGACCCGGCAGGCACGGACGACGACGCUUCCGGCUCCGGCUCCGUGUUCUCGCUCGCGAUGCCGCAGCCCGUGCCUUGCGGCGUCGACGACGGUAAUGCUGGCUGUGCCGCGCCGGGCCGGACCAUCCAGUUCCGGCUCGCGUUCACCGACCUGACGUACAGCGUCCGGCGCUCGCGCCACGGCGGCGACGACGCCGAUGGGAAGCUCUGCCUUCCCGUGCAGCUUCGGAGCGACCGCGUCACGGCGGCGGCCACCGACGCGCACGCGCCGCGGACGAAGGCCCUGCUGGACUGCGUCUCCGGGGAGGCGCGGGAGGGCGAGAUCCUGGCCGUGAUGGGCGCCAGCGGGUCCGGCAAGUCCACCCUCAUCGACGCGCUCGCCAACCGCAUCUCCCGCGACGCGCUCAAGGGCGCCGUCACGCUCAACGGCGAGCCGCUCACGGGCAACAUCCUCAAGUCCAUGUCCGCCUACGUCAUGCAGGACGACCUGCUCUUCCCCAUGCUCACCGUCACCGAGACGCUCUCCUUCGCCGCCGACUUCCGCCUCCCGCGCUCGCUCUCCGCCGCCAAGAAGCGCUCGCGCGUGCAGGCGCUCAUCGACCAGCUCGGUCUCCGCGCGGCGGCCGACACCAUCAUCGGCGAUGAGGGACACCGCGGGGUCUCUGGUGGGGAGCGUCGAAGGGUCUCCAUCGGCACCGACAUCAUCCACGACCCGAUCCUGCUGUUUCUGGACGAGCCCACCUCGGGGCUCGACUCCACGUCCGCGUUCAUGGUCGUCAAGGUGCUCCGCCGGAUCGCUGAGAGCGGCAGCAUUGUCAUCACCUCCAUCCACCAGCCUAGCCAGCGCAUCCUCGGCCUCCUCGACCGCCUCAUCCUCCUCUCCGGCGGCCGCACCGUCUUCAGCGGAGCCCCCUCCUCGCUCCCUCCCUACUUCGCCGAGUUCGGAUUCCCGGUCCCGGACGACGAGAACCGCGCCGAGUUCGCGCUCGAUCUCAUCCGCGAGCUCGAGUCGUCGCCGACGGGCACGAAGCCUCUCGUCGACUUCCAUCGCACGUGGAAGGUCAUGCACGCGGCGAGCCCCGACGCGGCUGCGUGGGCGCCGACGAUGUCGCUGAAGGAGGCCAUCAGCGCUUGCGUCUCGCGCGGGAAGCUGGUGUCGGGCGCGGACGUGGCCGCCGGGGAGAUGCGCACGUCGUACGCGAACCCGUUCUGGGUGGAGAUGAAGGUGCUGACGAGGCGGUCGGCGCUCAACACGCGGCGCAUGCCGGAGCUGUUCCUCAUCCGCCUGGGCGCCGUGGUGGUGACGGGCGUGAUCCUGGCCACCGUCUUCUUCCGUCUCGACCAGUCGCCCAAGGGCGCGCAGGAGCGGCUCGGCUUCUUCGCCUUCGCCAUGUCCACCAUGUUCUACACCUGCGCCGACGCGCUCCCGGUGUUCCUCCAGGAGCGCUACGUGUUCCUCAGGGAGACGGCCUACGGCGCGUACCGCCACGUCUCCUACGUGCUCUCCAACGCCAUCGUCUCCUUCCCGCCGCUCGUCGUCCUCUCGCUCGCCUUCGCCUUCACCACGUUCUUCGCCGUCGGCCUGGCCGGCGGCGUGUCCGGGUUCGCCUUCUACACGCUGGCAAUCCUGGCCUCGUUCUGGGCCGGCAGCGGCUUCGUGACGUUCCUCUCCGGCGUGAUCCCGCACGUCAUGAUCGGGUACACGGUGGUGGUGGCCAUCCUAGCCUACUUCCUGCUCUUCAGCGGCUUCUUCAUCAACCGGGACAGGAUUCCGGCCUACUGGCUGUGGUUCCACUACAUGUCGCUCGUCAAGUACCCGUUCGAGGGAGUGCUGCAGAACGAGUUCGGCCGCGCCGGCGAGUGCUUCGUGCGGGGCGCGCAGAUCUUCGACAACUCGCCCAUCGGGAGGCUGCCGGAGGCGGUGAAGGAGAGGGUGCUCGCGUCCAUCAGCUCCUCGCUCGGGUACCGGAUCGCCCCCGACACCUGCGUCGCCACCGGGAUGACCGUGCUGGGGCAGGUGGCCGUGACGCAGCUCGGCAAGUGGGAGUGCCUGCUCGUGACGGCGGCGUGGGGAUUCUUCUUCCGGAUCCUCUUCUACUUCAGCCUCGUCCUCGGCAGCAAGAACAAGAGGAGGUGAUCAUGUUUCGUUUCGUACAGGGGCGCCCGCGCGCGCGUAUGCAUACGUUUGAAUCCAAGCAAAAGGGUGACAUGACUAAGUUAUCAGCUACAGGUUUCUGCAAUUGUUAAACAGAUUUGCUUUUGGUUAUCUUUUCUUUGUGAUUUUGCAAGUCAAAUAAUUAAGUAGGUUUUGCAAGUAUACAUAUGCUUCCUAUCCACUAUCCUUUUUGUUCUUCUUCUUAGACUGUUGUAGCCAUGUACAAUUAUGAAAAUGAAGUAGCACUGGUUUGUUCCUUGCU